CUCUCACACACAGAUACAAAAGGCAAAGGGCAACUCUCUCUCUCUCUCUGUGUCACGCCUCCAUAGACAUACACAAUAGAUAUAGUAUUAAACUACAGUAGUACUGCUUCGGUAUUGCUACUGCCCACAGUCCAACUCUCUCUUUCAGCAUUCUCAAAGCCUUUUCCUUUUCCUUUAAUCUAUCAACACAGACACCACACAUAUUUUUGCAACAACAAAAAAGAGGCGUCACUCUCUCUUGUUUAUCCCACUCUACAGUUCACUUCCCUCCCUUUCCAUUCCUUUCAUCUCUGCUGUUUCAACCCAAUUUACACUAAUGUGAAAAACACUAAAGGUCUCAUCUUUGGCUCCUUCACGUUACCUCUUUCCUUGUGUGUGCUGCUUUUUCUUGCUUUACUUUUGAAGUGGUCCAAUGCUUUGCUAGGGUUUCUUGACAGAGAAGAAUUGGCUGUUCAAGAUCUGUGUUUUUUUACAUGGGCCCUUCUCUUUUUUCCUCGCUUAUAAUAUCCUGAUUUGAUUGUUGUUGUUAUCGGUAGUGUUUGACCAUGAAGAGCUGUUUAGAGAAAGCACAUUUUAGUUUUGUAGUUUCAGAUAUGAUUCGUGGUUUCUGUACUGAAGGGGCACACACUUCGUAUUAUGGUUCUAUUUAGUGGUGUCGUUCGAUCUGUGUAGUUGACGAAGUUGAUAUACGUUCUUCCCAUGGCCUCAGAAGCGCAUAUCAAGAGUUCCUCGGGGAAGCAUAGUAAAAGUCAAGCGUGCAAAACUGGGAAAUCGGAUACUGGUAUAAGAGAAUUACCUGGACAUGUGGAAACUCCUGCCUCGAAGAAAGUUUCAGCAGAUCCAAUUACAGAUAAAAAGUUACAAAACCAACUGCAAAAGGGCGCAGUUUCUUCUUUGACUGGUAAACUUGACUCAACCUUACAUUUUGGUAUGAGUGAAUGUAGUGGUGAUAAGGAAAAGAAAGCAUCGAAUCUCAAAAAUGUCAAAGAUAACUCAGCCUCUUCAAAAGUUAGUGAUGGAACAAACAGUCUUGCAAAGACUAGUGGAAGUCCCAAGAUAAGUGAUCGGGUUGAAUUUGUUGAGAGUGGCAAGAGCAGUUUGUGUCGGGGCAGCACAAGUACUGAUGUUAGCGACGAAAGCAGCUGCAGCAGCUUGAGUACCGCUGUUAACAAACCCCAUAAAGCAAAUGAUAUGAGGUGGGAAGCAAUACAGGCAGUCCGUUCAAAGGAGGGGUCGUUAGAUCUGAGGCAUUUUAGACUAUUGAAGAAGUUGGGCUGUGGUGACAUUGGAAGCGUAUAUCUAUCAGAAUUAUGUGGUACGAAGUGUUACUUUGCGAUGAAGGUUAUGGACAAAGCUUCUCUAGCUAGUCGCAAGAAGCUUUUGCGUGCUCAGACUGAAAGAGAGAUUCUGCAGUCUUUGGACCAUCCUUUCCUUCCGACCUUGUACACUCAUUUUGAAACAGACAAGUUCUCAUGUUUAGUAAUGGAGUUCUGCCCCGGGGGAGACCUGCAUGGCCUUCGGCAAAGGCAGCCAGGAAAGCAUUUCUCCGAGCAAGCUGUGAAGUUUUAUGCAGCUGAAAUCCUUCUUGCUUUGGAAUAUCUUCACAUGCUCGGCAUCGUCUACCGUGACCUCAAGCCUGAAAACGUCCUAGUGAGAGACGAUGGCCACAUAAUGCUGUCAGAUUUCGACCUCUCACUUCGAUGCAGUGUCAGCCCAACUCUCGUAAAGUUCCCAUCCCUCGAGCCAGACACCCUACGUGCCAACACUACUGAAUGCAUCGCGCCAUCUUGCGUCCAGCCCUCGUGCAUGGCCCCAACCACAUGUUUCGGCCCUCGCUUCUUCUCAGGUAAAUCCAAGAAGAAAGACCACAAACCCAAGAACGACAUCGGGAACCAAGUCAGGCCGUUACCGGAGCUCAUGGCCGAGCCGACAGAGGCGCGAUCAAUGUCGUUUGUGGGCACACACGAGUACCUGGCACCCGAGAUCAUCAAAGGCGAGGGGCACGGCAGUGCCGUGGACUGGUGGACUUUCGGGAUAUUCUUGUACGAGUUACUAUUCGGAAAGACGCCGUUCAAGGGGUCCGGGAACCGCGCCACGCUGUUCAACGUGGUCGGCCAGCCCCUCCGGUUCCCGGAGUCGCCUGUCGUUAGCUUUGCCGUGAGAGAUCUCAUCAGGGGAUUGUUGGUGAAGGAGCCACAGCAUAGGCUGGCGUAUAAACGCGGGGCGACGGAGGUAAAGCAGCAUCCGUUCUUCCAAGGCGUCAAUUGGGCGCUGAUCCGGUGCGCGACGCCUCCGGAUAUUCCGAGGCCGGUCGACAUUCCGGCGCCCCCGCCGGUGAAAGCUGUGGCCCCACCUCCUGCUGCUGCUCCACAAAAUACUGAUAAUUAUCUGGAAUUUGAUUUCUUCUAGUGUUUUGAGUAAAUAUGGGGAUUUUUUCCAGACAAGUAUGUGAUUGAUUAUAUUAUGUGGUUGGACAAUUCAUGAUGAUGGUCUGUUGUAAUGUGUAAUGCAACUUAUGCUAUCAAUCAAUCAAUGUUAUCAUUCUUGGCUUCAA